AAGCAACGACCAUGCACUCACGAUCAACGGCUCCACCCGUUCGUCCAUCCAAGUUUGGGCAGCAUCUCGUGCCCCAGACUUGUGUUGUCGAGCGUCUUGAAGCUCAUCGGUUCUCCCUGUCGCUUGCGCACGACAUGAGUGCCGCAUAGUCCGGCUAGGGGUAAGGCUGAUUGAUGAUGGCUUCAUCCUUGACAAUCGUGAAUCUUGGCGGGCGCACACCUUGGGACUUCCGCAUCGUGACUGCGCAACCCACCGAUCUUUCCAAUGAUGAGACGAACAUGCCCCCUUUGGAUGAUUCGUGAUGAAGCCGAUGCGUGGCAAAAAGCUCUACUCUGGCGGCACGAGCGAGAGCGCGUUCAGAAGGGAGAAAAGCCGCAAACAAGCAAAGGUGCUAGCCGUAGCAAACUUACGACGGGCCCAGAGACGGCCGCCUACUUCGUCCAGCAGUCGAACAUCACACACAUGCAAGAGCGCAAGCACUCCUACGCUAGCGAAUUUUGGGACACCCAGCUGCACAGCAGCACAGGGUGGGCUCAGGCAAAGAGAUGAAAAGCAAGUAGCUGCACAGCAGCUCUUGACCGUAUCCAUCCCCUUGCCGAGCCUGGAUGUGUAUUGCGGGAGAGCGCGAGAAACAGAACAUCUGAAAUGCGUACGAGGAAUUUGUAAAACGGGAGUGAGAACAGUGUGUGUCGGAGACAUCGAGUUCCCCGAUCAUAGACAGGGUGACAUACGUGAACAUCGAGCAGCGUGAGGAUAACAAGAAAGUGAAUGCAACUUUGAGCUGUGCGACCGGGCAAGCAGGACAAAAUUGGAUCUACGCGUUUUUCUGGGUCAAAUGUGUGCAUCGAGCAUUGCUCGCGUCCCAAAAAUACUUUGCACGUCG